AUGUCUAUCGAUCUAGCUCUUCUAUAUAAAAUUGAAACAUGGGUUGAUCGGAAAGCUUUGGGACUCAUAGCCAGGACCAAAUACGGAGUGGAAGUAGCAUCUAUUCCAAGGGCUGUCAAUAAGGCAUAUUUGCAGGGUAUCGGACGAGUGGGUCUGAGAGAGCCCUAUUCUUCUGACUCCAGCCACGCUCAAGGGACAUGGCUGAUUAUCUCUCGCGGUAGCCGUCAACUGCCAGAUACGCCCUGGCGAUGUCACGAAGAUGGCGCAAGUUCAGGACGAGUUGGUCGUUGGCGUUCUGGCUUCCAACGAUAUGGGACCAAAGAGCUCGCCUCUCAGAAUAAAGGGCUGGGCAUUGCUCGAUUGCGCAGUAUUAAGAGAAGGCAGGUGAAAGACGUCCCAGUCGUCAAGGCAGUAUGCAUGACCGCCUACACUCUUUCCCCAUAUUUCAAGCACGGCCUCGAUACCCUAGCGGUGGAUGGUCUGCUUGACGAGGAUGCAGUGGUUGGCGGCUGGGCCGCCGCCCUCAAGAAGAAGCACGGCGUCAUCAUGUAG